AUGUCGUCGCUGCGCUGGACGCCCGAGAGUUUACGCGCGACGAUUCGCGAUGCGGACGCGCUGAGCGCGCACUGGACGCGCGCGAGCGCGAGCGGACACGGGACGAUUCGAGGCGAGCACGCGGUGGCGUUCUUACGACCGAGCGGGUUGAGCGACGGCGCGUUGAGCAAGAUCUGGAAGGCGGCGACGCGAGGCACGGGACGGCUGGCGUCGGCGAAGGAGCUGGGAGAGUGCUUGGAACUCGUGGCGCGGGAGAUGGAGGCGCCGAACGCGGCGUUUGUGACGCCAGGGGCGGGAGGGGAGGGAAAGAGCGUGGGAGGCGGGAUCGUGGAAUCGCCGAGGACGCCGGCGAGCGCGAGCGCGACGACGGUGAAGGCGGCGCCCAUGACGGAUGCGGAGCGAAGGAAGUACUUUGGACACUUUCGAACGCUCGAUGUGGAGGGAAAGGGCGCGGUGAGCGUGGAUGGAGCGGUGAAGUUUUUAUCUAAGGCGGCGCUGCCGAUGCUUUCGGUGCAGUUGUGCGUGGCGAGGGCCUCGCGCGGGGCGUCGACGGUGGAUCGAGAGGCGUUCGCGGCGGCUAUGCACGAUGUGUACGCGCUCAUUCGCGCGCAAGGUAACACACCGGUGACGCCGAUGAUGACACCAAGCGCGAGCGUGGCGCCGAGCGCACCCGUACCGUCGGUAUCGGACGCGAGCGUUUCCAAACUGGAGGACAACUUUUUUGCGAGCGCGGGCGCGCCGACGCUCGGCGCGAGUGCGCUCGAGGCGACGAGUGCCAUGUCGCUGGAUUCGCUUAAUGAUAGCGGCGAAAUCGAACGACUAGAACGCGAGUCUCAGGCGCGAGCGGAGAAGGCAAAACGCGAAGUACAAGCCGCCGAUGCGAAGCGGGCAGCCGCCGAGGCUCGCAUCGCUCGCGCGCAACGAGCCAUCGACGCAGCGGACGAGGACGUCAACGCUGCGCGCGCCGCCGUCGAGGCCGCGGAAGCUGAGGCAGAGCGAAUGAAGCGCGACGCAACAGCGCGCCUCGACAAUGCGCGGCAGCAGCACGCGGAGCUCGUUCAAAAGGAGAGCCGGGUGAAGGCAGACGCGCAACAGCUCAUCGCGGCGAAAAAGGCGCAGUACCAGUCAACCUUGGCGGAGUACGAGCGCUUGAGGGCCCAAGUUGCCAACGCUUCUGCUGUUGCGGCUUUACCAGUGAAAGCGAUGCAAGACAAGCUGUCGAAGAUUGAAGCCGAAACGCGCUCGCUUAAAACGCAAACUGAUAAAGCCGCCGCUGACGCUUCGCAAGCGCUCAUGAAGCGAGCGGUCGAAGUCGCCAAGGCGGAGCGCGCGAAAGCCGCAGCGAUGCGAGAAAUGCAAGCCGUGGAUGCCAAGCUCGAAAUGGAGACUAGUCGAAGUCAGAAGCAGUUGGAAGCGCUACAAGCAGAAACCGAAGCGCUCAUCGCGAAACGUGAAGCCAAAACGGCGUCGCAUCCCGCGGUGAUGGAAGAUCUCAGCGCGAAGAUUCAAAAGUGCAGAGAAGACGCGGUGAAGGAAAAAGAAAAAACGGAAAGUACGAUCGCUGCGUGCGACAAGGAGCGUUCUGAUCUCGAAGCGAAGGUUUCGCUCGCGAAAGCUGAACUUGAAGCCGCGAAAUCUGUCAUGGACAGCGAUUUGGCCACUCACAAGCUCAAGCUCGAAGAGAAGAGGACGUCGCACGAAGAGGUUUCCGAGGCCGUUAGACAGGCCCUGGAGAAGCGCCGCGCGUUGGCGGAGAAUCAAGCCAUGGAAAUGUCCGUCCUCGACGACAAAAUAAUCGAAGCUGAAUCUGCGCUCAAGGCAGAAGAAGCGGCUUUCGACGCACAGGAGCAGUCGCACCAAAAAGAGAUGUCUACGAAGGAGGGCGUGCUCGCGAACCUCAACUCAAAGAUUGACGCGAUGCGAGCGCAGAUGGAGGACAAGUAUCUCAUGUCUCAGCAAGCUCUCAGUCAAAUCGAGGCGCGCAUCGAUGCCGCGGAGUUGAAAUUCGAAGAGCAGCAACAAGAGAUGGAGCUUGGAAUGGCGCGGUUGGGGCAAGAAAGCGACGAGUUGACAGAGAAGCUGCGCGUGGCAAAGGAAAAAGACGAACAAAACGCCAAGGACAAGGUUCAAAACCAAGUGCUCGUUGCGUCCAAGCGCGCGGAAGUGGAAGAGCUCAAACAAGAAAUUUCUACCGAGUCGUCGCGAAUCGAACGCGAGGUGUCUGAAGCGCAGACCGAGUUCGCGACUGCGAACGCGGCGCUGGAUGCGGAACGAUCGGCGUUGAGCAACGCUCUGCAAAAGUUGCGAGAGACACUUCCCAAAUCCGCCGCGGUGCUCGCGCAGAUUGAAGCACUUCGUUCUUCCAAGGAAACCACAGAGUUGUACCGCAUGGAAGCCGAAGACACCGCGGAAAAAGCGAUGACGUCUUACGAGGAAGUAUUGCGACGACUCGAGAAUAUCGCGAUGCAAGAGGCGGAGAACGCAGCCGAUGCCGGCGAACCCCUAUUCGCCGACGCACAAGCCGCGCUCGCAAGCGCAGGUGCUGUGACUUUUGAUUCAAACAGUUUCCAACCCGCGGAAGGUCCUGGGCACGAACGACUUCCCUCUUUCGUCGAUUUCGAAGUUUCCCCGGUGAUGGAAACGAAAACGCCGACGCUUGACGCAGACUUUGGUGAGCCGUUUGGUGCGUCGGAUGCGUUCGGAGAGCCCGACGACAUCUUCGCGGCUGGCGGCGGCGACGUCUUCGCUGCGCCGCCCGCGACGGACGUUUUCGCGACUUCCAAUGCGACUGAUUUCGAUGACGUGUCGUUCACCAUGGCACCAACGUCGGAAAGCCAGUUUAGAUCUUUCUCUCUGGAUGAACCGGAACCCGAGGUGCCUCCAGCGGACGACUUUGCGGCUGCCGAAGAGCCGAUCGAAUCCUUCGGCGCGUUUGAAGAAUUUCAGCCCGAAGCAACCGGUGCAGAUAGUCCAUUUGAGCCGUCUGCUAAGAGUGAACCCGAGGUGCCUCCAGCGGACGACUUUACGGCUGCCGAAGAGCCGAUCGAAUCCUUCGGCGCGUUUGAAGAAUUUCAGCCCGAAGCAACCGGUGCAGAUAGUCCAUUUGAGCCGUCUGCUAAGAGUUUAGAGUUUACCGGUGCAGACACUUUCGAGCCCAUGAGCGAUGAAGCGCGUUCUCCGUCGGAAGAUCCAUUCGCCGUGAGCUCGCCGACGGAGGAGAGCGCGCCGGCGUUUACAACUUUCGAUAACCAAGCGUUCACCUCAAACGAUGACCAACAAUGGCAGGACGAUUUCGCCUCCUCGCCACCGCGGGAAGAAUCAUCUUGGAACCCGGACGAAUCUACAGAUGAUGCGUUCGCGACUGCUCAGAAACCGAGCGCGACGUUUGAUAGCGGCUUUGAAGCGAACGAAUCCGUGUUUGCGACGCCGAGCGCUCUGGCGUUUCAAGGUGGGAAUGAAGGUGGAUUCUCUUCCUUGGACGAAAGUUCGGCGGCACCACCGACGCCUGCGGAAGACUACACGGAUGCGCGAGACGAAAUGGAAGAGGAACCCCACGAAUUGUACCCGAUUCCUCCCGAAGACUUGUCUCGCAGCAACGCCGCUUGGGAAAAGCUUCGAGGCGACGCCAACGCGCCGGGCGUGACGGGCGAACAAAUCGUCUCUCUCGCGACGAAGACGGGCUUAGAUAAUUCCGACUUGGCCGUUAUAUGGAACAUUUCGUGCACCCCCGGCGCGAGCGAGUUGAGCAUGCACGAUUUUGCGCUUUUCAUGCACUUUUUGAAGCAUCGUGUCAACGGCGGCGAGCUCCCGUACGAAGUCGACGCCGAGCGUCGAGCGUACUUUUUGGGCGCUCCAGAGAUGAUCGAACAACCACCGUCACCACCGACAAUUUAUGCAGAGACGGUUGAAGAUUCGGAUCAAAUGCCCGCGCCGUCGACGUAUCAAACAUCAUUCAACGAAGCGUCGACGUCAAACGCCGCUUCGGCGCCGCAAAACGCCUCGGGCGACCGUCUGAGAAUUUUCAUCGAGUCCGUCGCCAACGUCAAGGAGGCGAGUAAAAUGUCCUCCGCGCACUUCGGCGUCACGCUCGUCGACGGCGAAGGCACGCCCAUCGAACCGUCGCAGAACACUCCCAUCGGCGUCCAAGUCGGUCCCGACGACGUCAUGCGCGUCCAAGGCGGCGUCACGUUGAACUCCCUCCCCGCCGAGUGGCCCGAAGGUUCCGCCGUCGUCCUCGAGCUUCGUCACUACAAGCAAAAGGAAAAGAAAAUGUCCACCCGGUGUUGGUCGUUCAUGGAGAAAGAAUCCAUCCGUCUCGGUUUAUUCGGUCUUCCCCUCGCCGCCAAGCCCGCGGACACGAAGCGGCGCAAGGUGAAACUGUACAACAAAGGCAACCCGGAUUUGAAAAUUCGUUUCUCCUUCGUCGGUCGGGACGAGUGAUCGCAUCUCUUGUAACCUCA